CUAUACAGAACACGGACCGGUAAACGAAAACCAAAUUCAGCAAAACCACUUAGGCAUGUACAAAUCAAGGAGAUUUCUUUCGACUAUUAUACUAUUUGGAAUGGGCUACCCCCAAAAGCGAUCCCUUUUGUUCGUUCGUGGUAUUGUUGUGAUCUGGCUAUAUUUAUUCCUCAACUCGUUUUUGUGUCAGCGCAGAACGACGGGGUCAUGCCAAUAGGGCAACAUGUUGCUAUAGUCAGAUUUGAGAACGGAUCUGUACCGUGCAGGAUAGAGUUGAAUUAAUGUAUAUUAAUGCUAUAUCAUCAAGAUGACCAGGUGCCGCGGCUGCUUGAUAACAAGCUCAAUGGCAGCCAUACAAUGGCCGACGGGAGACGGGAGAACCGAAUCGAUGAUGUCGAAUGACAUAGGAGUGAUUGUCGAAGACGUCUCAACCAUCCAAACGGACUGCAAGUUUUACACACUACCAGCAUCUCGUACACAACGCCAUUCAUCUGGGGAUUCCUCCACAACCGGGUCGGAUAGCGUGCCAAAGAACAACAACAGCGCAACACACUAUGGAACUUUACAACCGACGAAGAAUAAAGUAGAGUCUACCAUCCGACACAGCUUCAGAUGCAGUGUCAAAAGAAAAUCUCUGAGACUAUUCAAGACUUUAAAACCAAGUCAUUCAAAGAUGAGCUCGCAUACGAAACAGAGGAACAUUGAUAACCUUGGGUUUCACGAGACACCGAUCAACGACUACUCAGGGAACUCUUGUAUUAUUGACAAUGAUGACAUCGACAAAGGUGAAGUAACUUUCUUCUCUUACAGCGAUGAUGGGUUGUCUUAUACCAAAGAGGCGGUCCCAAUAUGUAGCGCUGGUUGUAAAAAGCACAAGAUCAGGUGGAACCUUGACUCAAAGGAUGACAUUGAUAGUCACGACGAGGAGUAUGACAGCGGAGGAGAGUUCAGUGAGUGUGAUGAGGAACAAGUGGACGAGGUCCUUGCCGAUUAUUCGUUAAAGGAGGCCCCGAUCCAUUUGAGUACAAGUGGUCAUCUUCCAGCAAAUCAUUCAUUCGAAGCGAUGUCGAAUAGAGAUUUUACCUCCUCCUUUGCUUACUGCGAUACCGAGCACCUCAACACCAUUAGACGAAGUACCAUCAAGAGAAAAACGAACAAAUCGUCUUCAUCCUCAACUAGUCUUAGUAGUAACAGUAGCAGGAAGAGUAGAUUUGUUGCAAAUGUCAAUAGGAAAAUCGCAUCGAAAGCCUGGCCACUGAAAUCACUCUGGCAAUUUCUAACUCGAAAGAGAGACGACUCGUACCGAAAUAGGUUGGAAGAUUGUGGAGAGACGGUAGAGUCAGCGAUGAGGUACAUCAGGAUCGCAUCGCACUUCCACGAAGCUUCUAUUAGCCUUCGUCUAACUUUGCAGAUUGUAGAUGGAGCAUCAUCUCUGCUUCGUGAAGUCCAGACAGAUUUGAUCUCGACGGCGUUGAAGGCAUUUUUCACGAUAGGCGACGACGACGUCGACGUUUCGUGGGUGAGCGAUGUUCCGAGAGAGAUCCAGCGUCACGUUGCAGUCGGCGACGCUCGCGUUCACUUUUCCGUACCCGACAUCAGGCAUUGUGUUGCUUGUCUCCUGGUCUCUCCCGAUGCCGCCACGUUGCUUCGACGUCGAGAGAGCAUCCUUUUGACGAGUAUCGCAGAGGUGUUGGAGUGCCUGGAAGAGUGUGUGGUGGUCAUGCAAACCAAGCCUAUUAGAUGGGAAUCCAACAAGAAACACAAGACAUCGAAUAGUGUUCUGUCUUCAUCUUAUCUUCACGGGUCCUCUUCGGUGCCAUCGUCAAAUGAUGCAGUCAGCUCGUUGGAGUGGAUGACGUUCAUUCCAUCUAUCUAUUCGUGAAUGACAUAACUGUGUUUGUGAAAUUCAGCUUGCCAACAGUGUGCAGUGUCUAGUUUAUUUAACGUCUUCCAGAACGUUUUAUAUGGCUUUAAUAACAGACCUCAUUUUUGUUAUAGACAUCACGCGAUUUUCUUCCAUUCGCGGUGUGCAAUUACAAAUGUAAAGUUUAUAUGGAACAAUGUCUGUAAAUAUUGAAUUCCAGAUGCCAUCUUUGCCAGUUGAAAUAUCAAGUAUGAUACGCUCGGCAGUCAACCAUAUUGAGCUUAAAUAUUGAACCAGGUUACUUGACGACUCUUGGAAUAAUUAAUGGGUCACCGUAUACUGUAAUACAAGAAAGGCUAAAAGAUCAUGGUAUUAUAUAAUUGUAUAGAAGCAAGGAUUUAUUUGUUAUAAAUGACUCUGACUGCAUGUUUUUUUUUUAUAUCAGUAAUGUACCAUCAUGAUUACAAUGAAUAAAGACAGGGAAAGGUCUAAUUCUUCAAACUAGAAAUAAAAUAGAACCAUUACGGGCUUACGAUCAUGUGCAUACGGCCUUCAUACAUGACAGGAAUGGAUAAUGUCCGGGAUAAUGGAAUCAGGCUUUGUAAAUUAUGUAGAAAUCGGGGAUAUGCGUUAUAAUUAUUUUGCAAGCCGUUAUUAAGUAUUUUGGGUGACUAACAUUUCAGCUAUAUUAUACUACCAGUAUAUUAGGGUAAGUUUAUGCGACUUUAUAGAAUAUGUUCUGACCAAAGUGCAAAUACAUAUUUUCGAGUUUUUUUUCUUCUUCUUUCUGCAAUCAUAUUCGGCUCUGAUGCAAGACUGAAGUUAUGACUUAUCAUGUUCAAAGUGUUAAACUUUUUAUGGAUAGUAAGUUCAUGUGAAUAGUUCAAAUCAGGGGCAUCAUAACUCAUCAAAGUUCAUGACAGCAAUUAAACUCUUGGCUCCUCAAACUUUAGGAGACAUGUCUUUGAGAUAUAGCUGAUGCAUGACAACGAACAAUGAAAAUAGCAAAAUAAUAUUGUUUACACUUGCUAUUGCUAUGGAAGGCUAAAAGAAGAUAACAAUGGUGUCCGAGUGCUACUUUUUGAACCAUGUCUUUUCAUUCGGUAGAAUCUAAAGAAGUGACGCCAAACUUCUAAUGAAUUGAAAGAAUGCUGCUUUUGACUUAUUUUUUAAAAGACAUAUACAUUAAAUUUUGUAAAUGCAGAAAACUCCAUUAUAAAGGUUAUAUGGACAAUAUCGUGGGCCCAUGCUAGAAUGAUCCCAAAUUAUAUUUUCGAACUUUAUUUGUCACGUUCCUUCUGUUAUUCAAUCUGAAAUAUGGAUUAAAAUCAAAGUAAAUUUCUCUCUUUUGUAUAAGCCUGAAAAAUAAUACCCAACCGUUCCAUGGCCCUUUCUUCUUUGUAUUAUACACACUAAGAAAUAAGGGUGCAAAUGGGGUGCAGAUUUGCAUCCACCUACGCGUAUUAUUUUGGCAGAGGAUGGUGCUAUUGUGACUCUAAAAACUGAAAUGUUAAAUCACCAUUUAAAAGGGCCGAGGAGUGACCACUCUUUUAAAAUGGUGUAUUAACACUUUGAACAAGCUGGAUCCAAUAGUUAGUUGAUUCCAGCAAGUUAAAAGUAUCAUUCUGACAUUUUGAAAGAGUGGUCACUCCUCAGCUCUUUUUAAUUGAGAUUUAACAUUUUAAUUUUUAGAUAGCAGAAUUGUACCUUUGUUUCUAAGUGUGUACAUUAGUCUGAGUACGGCUAUUAUGCUCUUAUGCAGGGAAGGCCAUGAAGAUUUUUAAAUGAUAUUACUGGGUAAAGAUUGCCCUAGAAGAUAAGGACAUGAUGUAUGUGUCGUACCAACUCUGUACAAUUUGGGGUAAUGUCUUGCCCCAUCACGAUCACCUUUUAUCAAUUUAUGUAACUUUAACAAAAAAAUCAUUAACAUUAACAUGCCUCAAAGUUUGUCGAUCGUUCACAGCGUUUUUGAUAAUGUACCGGUAUUAAUGUUUAAUUCAUCAGCUGCAAAUCAACUGUAAAUCAAAUGUGGUUAGAAAUAAAACACGUGUAAAAAGUGACUCUACCUUUAAUUUUAUUUCAGUUUCUAGAAGAAUAUAAUUCAUGCACAUGCAGGUCUCGGCAGUUAAAGCUUCAAGUCGAUGACUAUACUGUUAAUAAGUUCAAAAAGAAGAAAAUAUUCUACAGGUGGAUCUGCAUGGGGAGAAGAAGACCAGUGAACAUAUUUGUUGUUCUACUGGGAGUUUUAGCAUUAUAAUCCAUACAUUCGCUGUGAUAAUUCUAGUCCAUGUCAUUUUACUUUUAAUAGUUUCAUUUUUUCUUCUGGUCUAUUACAAAUGCAAGUAACCUUUUCCAUUUAAUCGGAUAGACAUUCCACAGACAGAAACAAACAACCUUGUUAGUAUAGUCCAGUAUUGACUUAAAAUACUAAGUAGAAUGUGCAGUUCAAACCCACGAGAGAGUUCCCACGUCAUAACAUAGUGAAUGCUUUUACCAAUGUUCCCAAAUUCUGUAUUCCGAGAGUGGGUUUUAAAAGCUUUAUAUCCAUUCAAUAGUCUGCAUGGUUUCCUUGAUCUUGGUUGUUAUUGUGUUGAAUGACAAUACUAGAAGGCCUAAUAAAGGCGUGAUCAUACAGCGGGCCUGCGGUAUGAAAGCAGACGUGUUUACCCAGUUUUACCCUGUUUGGAUCUUUUUAGAUCAAUGUUUUACCUUGUAUUGUGAAAAUUCAGUGAAACGAACAUGUAAUUGGACAAUCUUUGAAAUUAGUUGGGUUGUGUAUUGAGAAUUAAUCGUCCGCAAUGCCUGUCGGUGUUGUGGGUACUCGGCAGAAAAUAUGUCUGGCUUUCAAAAGAGUUUGCCAACAUAACCAAAUAAGCAGUUCCUGAUUUGAAACGGAACAAUGCGGUUUUAUUCGAGUGAUUUGUUGUUAAUUAGGAAAUUAUGAAAAUGGAAAACAUAAUUGACACUUGGUUUUAGGCCCGUAGACAGAAGUAGACCAUACUCAGAUUCAGCUAAAUUUUUCUUUCAACUUGUUCAAGAAAGAUUAAGCUGAAAUCCGAAAAAUGUUAACUAUUUCUUUAGCAGUUGGUCUAUUAUAGGUUACCAAACUUUAUGAUGUGAGCUUGCACAGUAAAUAAUCCCGGUAAAUAAUAUAAUACAUGCAACAGCUCAUUAAUACUUUUGUUUUCAAAAGUCCAUGAAAACGAAGUGUCCCAUGUGUAUAGUUUGGUUAAAGAAAACACUCGACUUACAUCGCAUUAUAUAAUUAUAAUGUUUAAUGCAAGAUAACUUUUUCCAGAGUAUAAUUAAUUUAUAAUUCAUGUAGUCUUUUAACAUGGAGGUGAUGAGUCAUGCCACAAGAA